AUCGCAUGCGAAACUAUCUGACAUGGGAAGAAGAAAAAAGGCAAAUAAACCUCCCCCAAAGAGGAAGAUACUGCAGCCCCUAGACACAAUGUUUAACUGUCCGUUCUGUAACCACGAGAAGUCAUGUGAAGUCAAAAUGGACAGAGAGAGGAACACAGGGUUUAUUACUUGCACUGUAUGUCUGGAGGACUAUCAAACCAGCAUUAACUAUUUAUCAGAGCCUAUUGACGUCUACAGUGAUUGGAUAGAUGCCUGUGAAUCAGCCAAUACUUAGCAAGGACACAUACGGCAAACGAAGUCAACUCCUGGUCAUGUGACAUUUAUAGACAGAAGGCUGCAUUGUCUAGUGUAUAUUAAGAUCACUGUGCUGUUUUAUUGCAGAGAAUAACAGAAAAUCAAACAUUUCUUGAAAUCUAUUGGCAAACAGAUUGUUUGAAAUGUCAAUUUCUUUAACUUAUAAUAUUUUGAUGACCAACUACAAUUUUAUUUCUUUGAGUCAUGAAAAUGUGUAUCAUUACAUGGUCGUUUUUAUUUAUGGUAACAUUGAUCAUGUUAUUUAAUUUGUCUGUGUCAUUUUUUUUAAAGUUCAUAAUAAAUGACUGAUCAUUUGA